UGCCUCACGCCUGAGCCCUGUACCUGAUGGUACACCCUCGGAGUGUGAUGCUGCUGCCUUUUCUGGGGUGGGGACCGGGGUACAGCUCCCGCUGGCUCCAUUCAACAGGAGAGUGAAGGGCUGUCAAUCAUUGAGCUCAGUGUUGAUAAAGCUGCCGCCGGCCCUACAUUCACACACACUCCCUAGAUUGAAGCGGGCGUUGUUUCUGCCUGGCAGAUUUACAGUGCUGGGAUAGUCACGGAUUCUUAAAGCAAAAAAUAGGCGAUGCAAGGUUAUAAUUCGGUUAACUGACUAGGUCAAGGCAGUGCGAUACUGAUGACGUUUCUGAAGAACUAUGGAGAAGACCUAUUCUUUGACAGCUCACUACGACGAGUUCCAAGAAGUUAAGUACGUGAAUAAAUUUAGCUCCGGCACCCUGCACAAUGGUUUAAACCUUCAGCUAAGCUCUCGUAAACACGAGAGGAAUGGCAAAAGUAGAAAGGGAGAGUUGAGAUGGAGCAAGCGAGAGAUCUGUCUGCUUUCUGGCUUAGUGUUUGCAACGGGGCUGUGCAUCAUUCUGGCCAGCAUGCUAGUCCUGAAGUAUUUAGCUUCGGAACAAGAGGGUCACUGCCGGGAGGACUGCAGCCGCAAGAAGACCUUCACAAAGGCGGCCAGGCUGAUUGCAAGCAACAUCGACCCCACCAUAGAUCCGUGCAAAGAUUUUUACACCUUCUCCUGCGGAGGCUGGCUCAGGAGACAUGGUAUUCCCGAGGAUAAACUCAGCUACGGGACCGUCACUGCCAUCGCUGAGCAGAACGAAGCCAAACUGCAGCGGCUGCUCAUGCAACCGGUGAGAAGAUACUACAGGAGAUCCGCCGAGAGGAAAGUCAAGCAGUUUUACAGAUCCUGCAUCAAUAUGAAAGAGAUCGACCGACUGGGAGCUAAACCCAUGUUGGACAUUAUUGAAGAUUGUGGAGGUUGGGACAUCAUUGGGACCUGGAAGAGAACGGCUUGGAGUUUUGGUGAACUUUUGUAUAAAACGCACGGAGUGUACAGCACGGCCGCCUUCUUCUCUCUAAACGUGAACGUGGACGAUAAAAAUUCAUCCCGGAAUGUGAUCAGAAUUGAUCAAGAUGGACUCACACUGCCAGAAAGGACUCUUUAUUUUGGGCAAGAUGAAGAAAGUGAAAAGAUUCUGAUAGCGUACAAAGAUCUGAUGGAAAAGUUAGUAAGUCUGCUUGGGGGAGGUAAUGCCAAAAAGAAGACUGAAGAGAUAUUACAGCUAGAGAUGCAAUUGGCAAAUAUCACAAUUUCAGAGUCGGAUACUCUGAGAAGAGACAUCAAUACUAUGUACAACAAGAUCACUUUAAGAGAGUUGCAGCACAUUGCGCCAACUGUUCAGUGGAAACAUUUACUGGACAGAAUAUUCCAUGAUAACCUUUCAGAGGAUGAAGAAAUUGUAGUGCUUGCCACUGAUUACAUGCAGAGAGUUUCAGAACUCAUAUCAAAGACUUCUCCAAGAGUGCUGCAUAAUUACAUGAUUUGGCGCAUUGUAGUUGCCCUGAGUGAACAUCUUUCCACACCAUUCAGAGAUGCAAUUCAUGAGUUCUCUAAAGAAUUAGAUGGCACAGAGAAACAGAUUGAUCUGGAUAAAAUGUGCUUAAACCAAGCCAAUAAACAAUUUGGGAUGGCUCUGGGAGCUCUUUUUGUUGAAGAAUACUUCUCAUCUUCCAGCAAAAUAAAAGUACAACAGCUAGUUAAAGACAUUAAGCAUGCAUUUGAUCGUCAACUAGAUGAAUUAGACUGGAUGGAUGAAGAGACAAAAGAAGCAGCAAGAGCAAAGCUUCAGUAUAUGAUGGUCAUGAUUGGAUAUCCAGACUUUUUAUUAAUAACAAAUGCCGUUGAUAAUGAAUAUGGUUUCGAAGUGAAUGAGAAGACUUACUUUAAAAACGUGCUUAACAGCAUUAUGUACAAUAUAAAACUGUCAGUGAAGAAAAUACGGCAACAAGUGGACAAGACUGCAUGGCUGCUUCCUCCUCAAACACUAAAUGCUUAUUAUUUAUCCACACAAAACCAAAUGGUAUUUCCAGCUGGGAUUCUGCAGCCGCCACUUUAUGAUUCUGAAUUUCCUCAGUCCUUGAACUAUGGAGGUAUUGGAACUAUUAUAGGACACGAAUUGACACAUGGUUAUGAUGACUGGGGUAGUCAUUAUGAUAAAUAUGGCAAUCUGAAAAAAUGGUGGACAGAAGGAUCCUAUAAUAAAUUUAUUAGGAAAGCACAAUGCAUUGUCAAUUUAUAUGAAAACUUUACUGUUUACGACCAAAGGGUCAAUGGCCAACUUACACUUGGAGAAAACAUUGCUGAUAUGGGAGGACUUAAACUUGCAUACUAUGCAUAUCAGAAAUGGAUUCGUGAUCAUGGUCCUGAACAUCCCCUUCCAGGCUUAAAAUAUACCCACGACCAACUUCUCUUCAUUGCAUUUGCACAGAAUUGGUGUAUGAAGAGAAGAUCACAGUCCAUCUACCUACAGCUGCUUACUGAUAAACAUGCCCCAGAACAUUGCAGGGUUCUUGGAAGUGUUUCCCAGUUUGAUGAAUUUGGAAGGGUAUUUCAUUGUCCUAAAAGAGCUCCAAUGAAUCCAGUUGAAAAGUGUUCAGUGUGGUGAUUUCAAAUUCAAAUUUAAAUAUAUACAGCUAUUUUAAUUUUCUUUAAUGUUUGAUAAAAUGUGGCCAGUUCUGUUUAUCUCAAUUGUGUUUUUAUUUUCAUAAAUGAAUGUAGCUGACUGUUUUCAGAGCAGCAAAAUGUCGCUACUUUAACGAUGCACAUAAAAUUUACAUCUUUGCACAAGAGAUUUGAAUAAGAGCCACUUUUCACUAUGCCUCAUGAUACCUGUCCUAAACUACUUUAGGUAUUAAAUGUUCCAUGAUUGAGCUGUACUUCAUGGUAUCUUUGUGUUUCAAUGUAUGCCAGUUGUUAAAAAUCAAGCAAGAUGUUUUAGACUGGUCAAAUAUUUGUGCACUUUAUUAAAAGCUUAACAAAA